AUGACAAAUACACCGACGCCCCUGCGACAGGCGAUCUCUGCGCAGGACCGCUUCACGGAAGCAGACGCCCCUAGCAUGACCGACGCAAACGGGACUUCGUAUCGGACCCCCGGUUCGUCUUCCGUAGAUGACGAUGGAGACGACGACUUCGAGCCUCCCAGGGAUUCAAGCAACUCGAGCGAUACGCUACAGGACCUUUUGAACGAGAUUGCUCUCAAGGCAGACCAAAAGACUCGAGAAGGAAGAAAAAGAGGAUCCCGUCGCGCGAGAAAAUCUGAUAAGCGUAGGCGCCGCGAGUCCGGCAUGGAGAGUUAUGGCACUGAUGACGGGAGCGUGGCGGAUACUGAUUCGUUGCCGCCAACAGACGAGGAACGUGAAGACGCGGAUGUCGAAAACGUGCGGCUGGACCUCCAAGACCGGAAUACUGAUCGCACGCCUCGGGUCCGACGCACGGAAUCAUAUCCAGAGCGCGUUGCCUUGGAAAGAUCUCGCGUGAGUGUGGGGAAUAAGACCCCACCAAUGCAGAGGCUUGUUGAUUCGUCGUGGACGGAGCUAAGUGACGAGCUGGAGAAGUAUAGCUGUGAUAACUAUCGGUUAUUUAGAGCCCGAGACACUCGGACCGUGAAAAAACACAACUCCAUGAGUGAUCUUCAAAUACCUGUAACGUUGGACUACAGCUACAAAGUGUUUCGAUGCACCCACGGAUGCCCGCAGAAGUUCCGCGGUACAGGCCAACGAGUACUCCAAGUCGCUAUACUGGAUGCAAGGCCCUGUUCAGCGCUGCAUCGCGGAAUAUCGCAGAAGCAGGGCAAGCUGAAAAGUGGCGAAUCGUUCUACGCAACUGGGGGCUUUGGAGAGGCACGUAACGCCCCAGCAAACACGCAACAUAGUGCCAAAGGUUCUGAAGAGCACGGCUGCGGAUAA